AUGAAGCCAUCAACAAGAGACCCUCAGACAAUGCCACACAGUCUGCCUCAAAGCCUCGACCCUGAGAAACCGGACGAACACCAAGACAGUACAAAACAUUCCGUAUAUAAGAGUCUCGGAUGGUUGGACCGGCUUCUCGUUGUAUGGAUUUUGCUUGCCAUAAUCAUCGGCAUAUUGCUUGGGAACUUUGUUGAAAGUGUUGGGCCAGCAUUGCAGAAAGGGAAAUUUGUCAACGUCUCAGUGCCUAUUGCGAUCGGCCUUCUUGUCAUGAUGUACCCCAUCCUCUGCAAAGUGAAAUAUGAAACACUUCAUCACGUUUUUAGAGAACGAGCUAUUUGGGUUCAAAUUGGAUUCAGUAUCGUCAUAAAUUGGCUCGUCGCUCCACUCCUCAUGCUCGGUCUAGCAUGGGCUUUCCUCCCAGAUGAGCCUGGUCUUAGAGAAGGAUUGAUCUUUGUCGGACUGGCUCGUUGUAUUGCUAUGGUCCUCAUCUGGACUGGUCUUGCUGGAGGCGACGAAGAGUACUGCGCUAUCCUGGUGGCCAUCAAUUCCGUAAUCCAAAUGGUGUUGUAUGCGCCACUCGCUAUCCUGUUUGUCCGAAUCAUAAGCCGGUCUGGAAGCGGUAUUGCCGUAUCGUACUCGACCGUCGCCACAAGCGUGGGCGUAUUCCUCGGAAUUCCUUUAGCAGCAGCCAUCCUCACACGAUUCAGCCUACGUCUCAUCAAUGCUCGGUGGUAUGAGACCACUUUCUUGAAGUGGAUUGCUCCUUGGUCUUUGAUUGGACUGCUCUACACUAUUCUGGUCCUUUUCGCAUCGCAAGGUCGGCAAGUCGUUCGCCAGAUCGUCUCAGUCGUUCGUGUGGCCGCACCAUUGGUCUUUUAUUUCGCUAUCAUAUUCGCCUUUACUCUUUAUGUUACUCACAGACUGGGAUUUGGCUACAAGCUUGCAGCGACCCAAAGCUUCACAGCCGCUAGCAAUAAUUUUGAAUUGGCAAUUGCGGUUGCUGUCGCUACCUUUGGGCCAAAUAGUGAUCAGGCGUUGGCAACGACGGUUGGUCCGCUGAUUGAAGUACCAGUGUUGGUUGGAUUGGUGUAUUUGGAACAGGAAUCCAAACUCAUCAAGUUUACCAAGGAUCCCGAAUAUUUCCGUAAGCAGAUGAGCACAGGCCAGUUUUGGAGUAGCGGAGAAAAUUCCUCCAAUGUGAAGAUCCACGAGCACAAACAACGUGCAACUGUCCCGCGGGGGUAUUUCGUCCCUAUGGAGGCUCAAAAAUUGGCAGCCUUACGCAACCGUGAAAACCAACGACGGUCUCGUGCUCGCCGAAAAGACUAUAUCCAAGAACUUGAGCAACGUCUUCGACACUACGAAGUUGCUGGCGUAAAAGCCACGGCUGAAGUUCAGGCUGCUGCUAGAAAGGUGUCGGAAGAAAACAGCAGCUUGCGUUCAUUGUUGGAAAUAUGUGGAGUUGAUGCUGGACGGAUUGAUGAGUUCUUGCGCACUGGAGAUGCUUUCUCUAAAAAUAUAAGUCAUGAUGUGAAGACGAAGGUUGCACCCCCGCCACGAGAACGUGCCCCGACACAAACCUGCGCUGCAAGGCACAUGAGGACCCCACCAGCCCUCGAGACAGAUGUCUGCACGAAAGACAUGCAAUCAAUGGCAAAGACGCCAGAAGUUGUCCAGGCUGUCCCUAAAGCCAUAUUCUGCGGGUCUGAGAACCAUAUAAUUCAACAAAUGACGGCCGAUAGAGAUAGUACAGAAGCGCCUACCCUUCACGUUGCGGAACUCUCCAUGCCUUCAGCGACUUCCAGUGCGAAUGUCGAGUCUCCUACGUCGAGUGAUCAAGGCCAAGGCUCUGGUGCUCAUGAUGAGAUCUCCUGCGUAGCUGCAGCCGAGAUCAUCGCAGGUAUGCGCGGCCAUGACAACCCUGAAGAAUGCGCGUACUCCCGGCUGUUCCGAUGGGAGGAAGGCGGAGACAAGAACGAGGAAGAUGCGGUCGGAACGCUACUCGAGGUUCUUGACGCUAUACUCAAUUCUCCCCUUCGAAUAUACGCUCUCGAAGAAAAGAGUACAGCGAGUACGACGGCCGAUGUUGUUCGAGGAUACAGCCCUGCGUUUGCCAGCAGUUUCCGAGCCCAGAACGUAGGCAAAUGCAUUAAAAUGCCCUCGUGUGAAUAUGUUGUCCGAGCAAUCGUUACCUUUCAAUACGUCCGACGCCAAGCCGCCGACGUCGAAGACGCCGAACUCUUACUUACUGCCGCAAAACGCGAAUCCGACUACAGGCUAUUACUCACUACUACUAGGAGUUAUGGUUCGCAGCUCAGCAACAUCGACGACUUCCGUGAACAGCUCGACCAAGUGCUUCAGAUAAUGAAAAGAUCUGAAGGCACGAUCAUGAUUAGUCCGCAGUCCAUUGGCGCAAGUCAAGGAGAAAGCGCAGUCACGGUGGAGGGAGUAAUACUGGCCACUCGGAGAGAGCUCAAGGACGAUAUGACUGUUCUCGAUCUCGAUCAAUUAACUGGCGUUGAUGACGUCAAAAAAACCCUCUUCGUCAAGAUAGGCUGGAUCAAAAACUAUCUUCCCUUCGCCGAGGAAUACGAAUUUAGCAUCGACAACGUGUUGCUGUACGGUCCCGAAGGUACUGGCAAGACCCAGCUGGCCUUCAGCUUUGCGAAAUGGAGCCAACUACCUUUUUUCCAAGUCAAUUUCUCAGCGGUUCUCGACCAACGUGUCGGUAUGAUGGAGAAAUUUCUCUUGGCCUUGUUCGAAGAGGCGACACGCUGCCAACCAAGUAUAGUUUUCAUCGACGAGGUGGACAGGUUGAUCUGUUCGACACGUGGUACCGAGCAGGGAUUCGAACGAAGACGUCUAAGCUCCUUCAAAAUACAACUUGGAAAGCUCAAUCAUAGUAGGAGCCAGGUUAUGGUCAUUGGCACAACAGAUUGUCCCUGGAGGAUUGUGAAUACCGCAGGACUCGGUCACCGAUUUGCCAAGAAGCUUCAUGUAGGCGUUCCUGAUCAACAUGGCCGGGAGCAGCUGCUGGGCAGCGUUUUGAAGCGACUACGCAUCCAUCACACAUUGUCUGAGAAGGAUGUUGAAGAGCUUUCGAUCUGUUCAGCACGAAUGACAGGUUCAGAUAUCAUCGAUGCUCUCAUGAAGCUACAUAAAGAACGUGUAUAUGCGCUACAGGGUUGGGAGCAUUUCAAGAAGGCCGAUGUACGUGGCAAGACGAAGUACGUGCCGUGUGCGCAUUCGGACCGCGAUGCAGUCAUAUUGAAGACGUGGACGCAAAAGCGCUCUCAUGCGAUACAUUAUGGGCUUGUCACAAAGGCAGAGCUUGAAGCUGCUUUGAUUGAACAAACCACGAACAGUGAGUCAUCGGGUGGCCGACCUCUACCGAACACUCGAAAAUGGGAUCCAAAUUGA